AUGAGUGAUUUGUUGUAUUCACACAGAGAGCAGCAGAAUAACCAAAGAUUUGAUGACUUGGCUCAAACCCUUCAUCAAUUUAGAAAUACCGUGAAUAAUGACAUUAAUGGUUACGUGCAACAAGAAAACCUGGUCCUUGAUUCUUUGAACGAUAAUUUUGGGCAAUUGAUGCAUCAAGUCAAGCAAACCAGCGGGGAAUUAAGAAAUGUGAUGACAAGGAACGCAAGCCUUUCAAGAAUUGUCUUUGUCAUAUUAAUUGCAUUCAUCGUCAUCUGGACUAUUUACAAACUUAGGUAA